CCAACCUUCUCGACCAAGCUCAGCGGUGGGGGGAAUAGAAACACCAUGGUGUCUUGUUUACAAUCGUCAAUAUACCGCAGUUAGACUUUACACCAUUUUACACACAUUACAGCAGAAACCAUGCCGUGUUUAAUAAUUAAUCUCGUCGUUACGCCAAAUGUUGUGAGAUUUAAGUGUUGACGGUGGCUUUUCGUCAAAGAAUCCGGGUAUAGUUAUAGGUUUAUUCUGCUUUCUUCCUCACAGACGUAUUUUGACGAUGUCGGGCAUGUUAAGUAGGAUAUUGCGACCCGCGUUGCUGCUGUCUGCAGUCAGAAACAAGAAGCCACAGUGGAGGCACGAGACGCUGGUCCGCGCGAGUUCUGCAAGUGAAGCCUCCAUUCGGUCACUCAAAGACUGUCUCGAGGUCAACUAUGGAGGGACACCGAUACGGUUUAACUAUGUGUGGCUGCGGGAUCACUGCCGCUCUGAGGCUUCAUACAACUCCAGCACUAACCAGAGAAACCUGGACACUGCAAGUAUAGACCUCUCCAUCCGCCCUGAAAACACAACUGUGCAAGAUGGCCAUCUAGUCCUCACCUGGCCAGGAGGUCAUGUCUCAAAAUACAGCCUUAGCUGGCUAGCUGAGAACAGCUACGAAGAAAAUAAGCAAAGCACCAUCCAACCACGCAUCCUCUGGAAUUCAGACACCUACAAAAAUGCAAACAUACCCUCUGCAAAAUGGGAGAGCUUUAUGAGUUGUGACGAUGAAGUAAAGAAGUUUCUUCAGGGCUAUCUUCUGUAUGGGAUCGCUUUUGUCGAUGAUGUCCCUGCUACAGUCGAAGCCACAGAGAAGGUCACCCAGAGAGUCAGUCUAAUCAGGGAGACUACAUAUGGAAGAAUGUGGUGUUUUACAUCAGAUUUUUCCAGAGGAGAUACUGCCUACAGCAAGCUGGGCCUGGACCGUCACACUGACACCUCCUACUUUCAGGAACCUUGUGGAAUCCAGGUUUUCCACUGCCUCAAGCAUGAGGGAACUGGGGGAAGGACACUGCUCGUGGAUGGGUUCUACGCCGCUGAAAAAGUUCGCCAGCAGUCUCCAGAAAACUUUGAGCUGCUUUCCAAAGUGCCUAUUAGACAUGAGUACAUUGAAAAGUCUGAAAAUCACCGAAACCACAUGACAGGGAUCGGCCCUGUACUCAACGUCUAUCCUUGGAACGAUGAAAUGUACCUGUUUCGAUACAACAACUAUGACCGAUCCGUGAUAAACACAGUGCCUCACGACCUUGUUCGGCAAUGGUAUAUCGCACAUCGAGAGCUGACAAAUGAACUGAGGAGACCAGAGAAUGAGCUGUGGGUGAAACUGACUCCAGGGAAAGUGAUUUUUAUUGACAACUGGCGUGUCAUGCAUGGGAGGGACUCUUUCACCGGCCUGAGGCAGCUCUGCGGAUGCUACCUGACCAGAGACGACAUCCUCAGUUCUGCACGCGUCUUCGGUCUGCAGGCGUGAUCUUGGACAUCAAGACCUCUUCACCUCUGUGCCUUAUCAGUUAGCCUAUGCUAGUGAGAGUAAAGAUGAUCCAGCAACCUUUAGGAUAAUCUACCAACUAGCUAUCAUUUUACUUUUUUAACAGUUGGUACCCGUGAAUGUGUGUUUUAUUGUUUAAUAUAAAACUUAACUGAUUUCUGAUAGCCAAAGUCAAUUCAUUAUCUAUUAAAAAUACAGGUUAUGGUAGUUUUUACAUUUUCAGUGAGAGCCUUCUGCAUCAAGUCACACUGCUGCUGCGUGCUGUAGGAGUACUCACCCUUGUUUAUAGUUUUGAAAUAAAUGUUUGAUUGUUGUUGUAUCA